UGACAUUACGUGAAAAAAAAACACAAAAAUAAGUUCAUAACCUCAAAACUAGUCUGUCGAAAAUGUUUGCAAAGAACUGUUUAAGAAUAUUAUUUUUACCGACGAAACCAUUUAUUAUACGCCAUUAUGCACAGGAGUACUCUCCAAAGGCGCUGAGGAGUUUGAAAUCGAAGUCUUCGCGUAGUACUGUGCAGUUUUAUGUUGAUCAUCAAAGAGUUAGGGCUGUAGCAGGGAAUGGGGGUGAUGGCUGCAUAUCCUUCCUCAGUGUCUGGUGUAAAGACCAAGCUGGACCCGACGGAGGCGACGGAGGUAAUGGUGGACAUGUCAUAUUCCAGGCAACUCACACAGUAAAGAGUUUGAAUCACUGCCGGGCGGUGAUACAAGCGAAGCACGGAGAACGAGGCUUCAACAAAGAUUGUAACGGGAAGAAUGCCCAGCACGUUAUUAUUCCAGUACCUUUAGGUACGAUAAUAAAGGAUGAGUCUGGCAAAGUGGUGGGUGAUCUCAGCACCGAGGGGGUGAUGUUCGUGGCGGCGCGAGGAGGGGCAGGCGGUCGCGGGAACAAGUUUUUUCUCACGGACACUGAACAGGCCCCGGAUGUGGCGGAAAUAGGUGCAAAAGGGGAAACCAACGUCUACUCCUUGGAGGUUAGGUCUAUGGCGCACAUCGGACUGAUUGGCUUUCCCAAUGCCGGCAAGAGCACGCUGCUUCGCUCCAUGACCAGGGCACGACCCAAUGUCGCACCAUAUCCGUUUACGACUCUCCGGCCGCAUAUAGGCAUGGUCCCGUAUGAUGAUUACGAACAAGUAGCUAUAGCCGACCUCCCUGGUUUGAUUCCCGGCUCGCACAAAAAUCGUGGACUUGGUAUUCAAUUCUUACAACACGUGGAGCGAUGUCGAGGGUUGAUUUACCUGCUGGAUGGAACUAACAACCCACUCCAGCAAUAUGAAAGCCUAACCUACGAACUUCACCAAUACAGCAACGCUCUAUCCCGAAGACCUAGCUGUAUUGUUGUUAAUAAAAUAGAUCUAAAAGAGGGGAAAACUGGCUUUGAAGACGUCAAAAGAGGCCUUCAAGACAUAAUUACAGCCAGAAAUGAUGAUGAAGAAACAUACGAUGAAGAAAAUUACCGUGAAGAAAGUGUCCAUGAAGAAAAAGUUAAUAAAGAAAGUAAAGAAUGCGACGUAGAAGUAAGGAAUUUUGCCAAUUUAGGUAUUCAAGUCAUAGGUAUUUCGGCUAAAACCGGUAUGAAUUUAUCAGAACUCUCAAAGGUUGUUAGACAAAUGUACGACUGCGGUGAAGAUAGAUGAAGUGAAGAAUAUACGUGUAGUAAUAAAGAGAUGAAGAAAUCUGUUUAGAAAUAAAACUAUAGGGACUUUAGGUUGUUGCCAACUUUUUGAACACGCAGGUUGUGCCGACGUUUUUGGUCGCUUAGUGUGUUAGGUAGUGAUGUGCCGGAUCGUUAAAAAUGUAUAUCCGCGGAUACGGAUCUGAAUAUGGAUAUUUAGUGUAAAGAUCCGCGGAUACGGAUCUUUAUUUUCUUAUUCGAUAUUAUUCGAUUGGUGUCAAAAAAAAGAUUAAAGUUUUAGUUAUUUCAUUGUUAUAAAAGUGAUAUUUUAUCUUGCUUUAAUUAUAAUAUUUGAUUUUAAGAAAUAAAACAAUCUGAAUGGAAUUUUAUACAUACACAUACAUAAACUCACGCCCGUAAUCCCUAAUGGGGUGGGCAGAGCCACAAGUAAUCAAAGACAACUUGCAGCCACCGUUGAUACGAUGUCGCGUAAGCUGGAUAUGAUGAACUUUAUGGUGAUAAGGGAUCAGCCUAUCGCCCAUAACAUUAGUCCAUCAUGUUAGAUGACACAAUCCCUCUGUCGGUUUUUACGACAUGCCCGGGAAGACAAGCAGCUGAACGUUUUCUAUGUUUUUUAUUUGCUCCCAGAACAGCAUAGAAGCAAUUUUGAAUUUUAUAAUUUUGGAAUUUUAUAGUUUUUAUUUAAUAAUUCUACUUAAUCACCUGGAAAAGAUCCGUAAAAGAUCCGCGUGAAAAGUAACGGACACGGAUACGGAUUUUUCUUUUAUCUCGGAUAUCCGCGGAUACUGAUAUUCGGAACAUCACUACAUCGACAUGGCCACCGUGAACGUUCCUAAUUAUUGGACAUUCUGGAUGUUGCCAACUCUAUGUAUACCUUGACUGUCACUAUUUGCUUCUGACUGUACUUAGUUCAUCAUGCGAUGAAUGUACCUCUGACUACCCAAUUGGGUUAUCAUGAGCUUAAUUUGUUUUUAUGAUUACCGUUAGCCAGGAAAUAUUUAAAUAAAAGAUAUUAAGUGCAA